AUGCCUUCCGCUUACAAGAGCAAGGGCAAAGGUCGCGAUGCGCGCCCGUCGCGUAGUCGCAACACAACGCCAUCGAAUGCGGGCGGUGCCGCUGCUGUUGCAGCACCGCCCAUCCCAAGCUACCUUGAGAAUGAUGUUACGAAACUCAUUGAUCUGGCUAAUGGCCAAUACACUGAUUUGCUUGAUCUCGUGGCUGGCCCAAACAUCCCCGAUUCAAAAACCCUCGAGACCCUCGUGGAAUACCUGAAGAGCCUCAGUGACAUGGCAGAUGCUCGCGGGGAGGCUUGCAAUGCUGGGAUGCGAGAGAUGUCCCAGAAGAGGAAAGAAGUGAUGGAAGACCAGGAGAUUAGCCGCGAAGUUAGCGAACGUUCCAGGCUGAAGCGGGAGACGGAAGACGAUGAUGAGCUGGUACACAAAGCAAAGCUGAAGAAGCGGAAAGAGCGAUCAAGCACGAAGGAGGAACGGCCCUUGAAUCAUGGAGCCCAUGAUGUCGCCCGGCAGGAUGGUGCGGAAACGAAGGUUGAGGGAGCGGCUUCUCCAGUUUCCAAACACGCAAAGAACGCAGCCUCCGACCGUAGCUCCUCGCUUUCCCCUCCCUCAAUGCUGUCUCCGAACGGCGCUGCUACGGGAGCUGACGGCGCAGCUGCGCCUGGCUCCCCAGACUCGGAUUCCAGUGAGGACUCCCACCAGCCCGAACCGCAGCCAGCUGUACCUCAGAUCCAGGUAUUUGGCGAUAAUCCGCUCAAGUUCGAUGAUCCCACGGUCUACCACAUUCGCGACAUCACACCGGACAUGGGGGAUGAUGAGAAGAAGGAGAUUUACAGCGUUGCCAGCUUCCCAAAGAGCGAUCUUGCCCACAUGAUGGCCGGUGUGCCUCCGGACAAGGACUUCAGCAACGCCAAGCCGUCAAACCAGGUCAGCGCCAAUACGUUCCAGACUUGGAUUGAGCCGUAUGUGCGAGCUCUUACGGAGGAGGAUAUCGCGUGGCUGAGGGAAAGAGGCGACCGUACGAACCCAUUCAUCAUUCCGCGUCGUGGAAAGAAGAACUAUCGUCAGAUCUGGGCAGAGGAAGACGGGGUCUCUUACGACCCAAAUCAGGACGAGAAGGACCAGCUCCCUUUGAAUCAGGGUCGUGGCAACAUUGACCAGUUAACCGACGACAAGACCGAAACCAACGAAGUUUCAAUCGGACCCCUGCUCAGUCGUUUGGUCUCGCUUCUGCGCUACGAGCACCGCACCCUUCCCGAGGACAGCAAUACCUCCACCAAUGGUGAUCUCCCUGCCACCGAUGGCCUGAAUGGUGACGCGAUGGAACUAGAUCAACCGAAUGGCGCUCUGGACACCAAACCCUCCUCAGAGAACAAGCCACUACCUGCGGCUACUGCAUUCCGAGACGCUUCGCCAACUGGCUUCAAGACCUCUGUUGCCAAACUCGACCACGCCCAGCUUGACGAGCGCGCCAAGGCAGAGCUGCGAUACAUCGGAUUCCUGGGAGCCGAUGACAACCCCGACUACGACGCGCACUACGAUGAUGAAGUGGCAGAGCGCCUGCGUCUCCUGCAGGGAGAGCUCAAGAAGCAAAUAAUCACAAAUAAUGCGCGCAAGGCCCGCAUGCUGAAGAUCGCUCAGGAGCACAUGGCCCUUCUCGAAUUCACGACCAUCCAGGAUGAUCUGGAUUCCCAGGUCCAGCAAGCCUAUCUCAAGCGUACCCGUACCAUGGGCAAGAGCAAGAAGGGCUCACAGGCCAAGCACCGCCCUGGCGGUGCUGGUGGUGGCGUUGCUGGCGCCGGUGUUUCUCGCCCUGCCGUCGGCGAUGCUGCUAAGAUUGUCAUGGACCGACGGAAGCGCUGGAAUGAGGCCUUCCUUCCAAUUUUCGAAGAUAUUAAGACCACCAUCCCGUCCGAGAACGAAACUAUUUUCGAUCCCGCCACCAUGGCCGAGUACGAGAAGGCCGAAUUGGAAGCUUGGGACGAGGAGUAA